CUAAGGCAGAAUAGAAAUGUCCAAGAGAAGAAUCCUGAGCUGACGUGUUUAAAGACUUUGUUCACUAUAGAUAAGCUGGUGGAUUUAUGAGCUUGAUCAUUAUAAAUACAGGAAGAAUCUCUAGGAGACUUCACAUAAAGAACAAAUCAGCACUGCUAAAAAAAAUUCUCAAACUGGACCACCACUGGAGUAAUAAUGGACCUGAAACAACACCUUGAGAAACUGGAGUGCCACUUCACUUGGGAUCUGGGCCACUAUCGAAAUGAGCUCCAGGGGUUGAGGAAGAACAUACAAAACAUGUUAGAGCAGGAAUGCACUUGGGUGGUUCACCAUUACAACCUGCUGGGCUACAUCCAACAGACUCUCGGCUUCAACACAGAGGCGCUGAUGUACCUGCACAAAGCAGAAAGUGUGAUGCAGGAGCAGGGAACAGAAGAAGCUGCAGUCCGGCUGCAGGUCAACAAAGCUAACCUGGCUUGGGUCUACUACCGCAUGGGAGACAUGAAUAAGAGCAAAGCAUACCUAGAAGAGGUGGAGAGGCUUCAGCGAAUGCAUCCUGCUCCACCUGGAUGUGCUCUACAUCCUGAAGUCAGUGGAGAAAAGGGCUGGACGCUGGUGAAGUUCAACAAAUCCAAGAAGCAUCAGGCAAUUUAUUAUUUUAAGAUUGCUUUGAAAGAAGAACCAGGAAGGAAGGAAUGGCACAAAGGUCUUGCCAAAGCCAUGAGCGAGGCAUUUACAAAUCAUAAAAGCCCUCCACAGCAUAGAAAUGAAAUUCUAAAGCAGCUGAAAACUGCACAUGAGAACGAACCAAACAAUUUGUACAUUCAUGCUUUUUAUUUAGAAAAAUACUCUGAAGUGCAAUCAGUAAGCACUGAGAGACCAAUGCAAGGUUUACUAGAGAAAGCUCUUAAAACUGGAGACCUGGAAUGUUUGGUUACUAUUCUCAGGUAUUAUAGAACCAUUUCUGUAGAUAAAGCUAUUGAAGCAGCAGAGAGAGCACGAGAAAAGUUCCCCACCUCAAAUAAAGUGUUGAAACACCUGGCAAAUUGCUACAAAAGGAAGGUUUACAAAGUAAAGAAAGACAGCAUGGAAAGGAGGAAGUUGGCUAAGAAAUCUGCUGAGAUGUUUGAGGAGGUUGUCAGACAUUAUCCUGACUCACUCAGAGAAAAGGUAGGCCUUGCAUCAAUGCACCACUGUGCAGACAACACUGAGAGAGCAGAUGAGAUUUACCAGCAGCUCCUGUCAGAGAAAGAUGAUUUCCCUCCCCACAGCCAACAGUAUAUUUACUAUAGUUAUGCCUGCCAUCUACACAACUGCAGACGGUCAGAAGAUUCAAUCAUCUUCCACAUGAAAGUGGCAGAAAUCCCAGCUAAUACAGAUGACAAACAGAAGAGCAUAAACGUUCUUCAAAAAACUGUGAUGAAUGGCACAUACCCUCACUGUGAGGAAAUUAUAAGUUUUCUGAAGAGAAUUCAUAUUUACUAUUAAAGUGUGCUUUAUUAUAACAACCAUAAAAAAUAAGUAGAGAAGAGUUUUCUCUGUUUAACCUGAUUCACAAACUAUAAUAAAGACAUGGUGCUCAGUAAAGAAAAAAAAACAAGAAUUCAAAAUUAUAUAACAUUAAUUUGUUUUGUGUUAAUGAGUGUUGGCCUUGUAAAAAAAAGUUUUUCUUAUUUUUCCUCUGCAUAGUGUAUUGUAUAGGUAUUGUGUGAUGACCUGAAGGUGAAGGACAUUGGGUCAUUUGAUAGUAUUUUAAAAGAAUGUUCAUGACAAAUAAAGUUUCCCAUUUCACCUUCAUUUACCCAUUUUGAGAACA